AUGGACGCGGCUUUAUCCGUUUGCUAUUUUGUGUCUGACUUUUUUUCCCUUCCUGGGCAGUUUGAAGCUGAGUUUCGCCGUUUUGCCAUGAAGCGGUCCAGUGUGGGGGGUUUCCAGGAAUUCUAUCAGCUGAUCCAGAGGGUACACCGAAUCCCCUGUUCGGAUGUCCUCCUGGGAUACACAGACAUCCAUGGAGAUCUGCUUCCCAUCAACAAUGACGACAACUAUCACAAGGCCCUGUCGUCUGCCAAUCCUCUUCUCCGGAUCAUCAUCCAGAAGCGAGCAGAAGCCAAUGCCAGCGUCUUUGCCUCCAACUCACUGCAGCGGAAGAAAAAGGGACUGCUGAGGCCAGCGCAUCAGCGGGCCAAGCCACACUUGCUGAUCGGAAUGCCCCAGGACUUCCGCCAGAUCUCUUCCAUCAUUGAUGUGGACAUCUUGCCCGAGACCCACCGGCGUGUGCGGCUACAUAAACAUGGGUCCAACAAGCCCCUGGGCUUUUAUAUCCGGGAUGGGGUCAGUGUGCGAGUGGCCCCUCAUGGUGUUGAGAAGGUGCCUGGCAUCUUCAUCUCCCGCUUGGUCAAGGGAGGCCUGGCAGAGAGCACUGGACUGCUGGCUGUGAACGAUGAAAUCCUAGAGGUCAAUGGCAUUGAUGUGGCAGGCAAGUCACUGGACCAGGUCACUGACAUGAUGGUGGCCAAUAGCCACAAUCUCAUCAUCACCGUCAAGCCAGCCAAUCAACGCAAUAACGUGAUCCGCAGCAGCAAGGCUUCGGGGAGCUCCGGCAUGUCCACAGACAGCACACCCAGCCAGCAGACGCCCAGCCCAGCUUCCCAGUAUCUGAGCAACUGUAGCACAGCAGAGGGGGAGAGCGAUGAAGAGGGAGACCUGGUCAUUGAGAGUGACUUGCCUGCCAGCUGCCCCAACGGGGGUCUCCUUGACAGCCUACAGCACAGCCUGUCCCUCUAUAGCUCUCAAGGCUCGCUGCCCUCUCUGAACAGUCACAGUGGCAGCGGGAGCCCCAUCCGGGGCAGCCGGGCAGGCAGCCUCCAGGAGGACGGCACCGUCAUCACACUAUAGCCUUUGGUACAAUCGUCUCUCCGUCCCGUUCUACUUGAAACACAGUGUUUCUGAGGUCAGUUUGGAAGGGCCCCAUCCCUGGCCAUUGGCAAUCAAAUCUAGAGAUUGGAACCCGAGGGUUGCCCUCGCUGACCCGGACAUGCGCGCCACCAUCACGCUCCAAUGGUGCUUCCUGCAAUGAAGAUGACAGCAGCAGUUGGAGUGAGAGGGACCAGUCCACCUUCCCCCAGAUCUUGGCUGCCCCAGAGACUCCUUUCUGUUUCCAGGGAGCUAAAGAGUUGGGCCUCCUGUUCCUUUCCCCUUUUUCUCUUCAGCCCCUACCUGUAAUUCCUGGAAACCAAGAGGGGACUUAUCUCAUUCGCCCCCAAGCCCUGCCUCCCCUGACUUCUCAUGAAGUGUUUGAUUUUAGGUGUUUUUAUGAUGACAUGUGUCACAGAUUAAUAUAUUGCAACAGACUAU